AUGAAGAAAUACUUAUGCUAUCAGCAGUUCCUGGCCUUAGUCUUUGCAGUCACAGAGAUCAACAAAGAUUCGGUUCUCCUGCCCAACCUCACACUUGGCUUCAACAUCUAUAGCAACGUCCAGAUUGAGCUAUCCGUUCUUUCAAACAGUCUCUCCCUGCUCUCCACUCGAAGCAAAAUGAUUCCAGGUUACAAAUGUGACAGGCAGGACACCCUGCUCGCUGUCAUUGGUGGCCUCAACUCCAAAUCCUCAAGACAGAUGGCCUCUAUCUUCAGCAUCUUCAAGGUCCUACAGUGGAACUGGGUUGGGCUGGUGGCCCCUGAAAAUGACAAUGGAGAACAUUUCAUUUCAUCGCUAAUGCCAAUGCUCAAGGAGAAGGAGAUCUGCCUGGCCUUCACUGAAAUGAUGAAAUCUGAUUUUCUUGAUACUCCACUUUUGAAAUCCAAUCCUAUUUUCAAAACUUGGUCCAUGUUCGAAGUGAUUAUUCUAUUUGGAGAUUCCAGCAGUAUUGCAAAUCGUACAGAUCUUUGUGUUGACCCCUUCAAUGCUCAAGGGGACGUCUUUCUCCUGCUGUGGUGGAAGAUGGUCUUUGACUGCAAUUUCCACAAACCAGGCAAAGUCCCUACAAAGGGAAAAAAUCUAUGUACAGGAAAGGAGAAUUUACAAAAUGUGCCAUCUUACAUUUUUGAAAUGAGCAUGACUGGGGAGAGUUACAAUAUCUACAAUGCUAUUUAUUCUGUAGCACAUGCAUUACAUGCCAUGUACAAAUCAGGUCCGAGACCAGCCAUGACGAGAGUUGGAAAAAGGAUUCCAAAUUUCCAAUUAUGGCAGCUUCUUGGCUACUUAAAGAAUGUCCACUUCAACAACAGUGCUGGAGAAGAAGUCUCCUUCUCAGAAAAUGGAUUAGGAUCAGCUCAAUAUGAUCUUCUCAACUGGGUUCUCCUCCCCAAUCAGUCUUUUCUCCCUGUGAAAGUUGGUCAAAUAGAUCCCAGGGCUUCCCCAGGCCAGGAUUUCACCAUUAACUCCAAUGCAAUCAUCUGGGCCUCAAAAAGAGUUCCAGAGGGCAAGCCAGUUUGCUGCUACCAAUGUGAUCCUUGCCCAGAAGGGACCAUUUCUAACCAGACAGAUGCCACUCAUUGUGACUCCUGCCCAGAAGACCAAUAUCCUAAUAAGGACAAGGACCACUGCAUUGCCAAGAAGAUCCACUUCCUUUCCUAUGAAGACACCCUGGGAUACACUUUAGCUAUUCUUGCUCUCUUUUUUUCUGUGAUCACAUCUAUGGUCCUGAUAAUUGCCAAGUAUCAGGACACACCAAUCGUCAAGGCUAACAACCGAGAUCUCACCUACAUCCUCCUGGUCUCCCUCCUGCUCUGCUUCUUCUGCUCCUUCCUCUUUAUUGGUCGACCUGGGAAGCUCACCUGUCUCUUCCAACAAACUUCCUUUGCCAUUCUCUUUUCCCUUGCAGUUUCCUCUGUGUUGGCAAAAACUGUCAUGGUGGUUCUGGCUUUCAUGGCUACCAAACCAGGGAACAGGGCAAGGAAAUUCUUAGGAAAACCCCUGACCAACUCCAUUGUCUUAGCCUGUCCCCUAGUCCAAGUACUUCUUUGUGCCACCUGGCUGGUAACUUCACCCCCAUUUCCCAACUUUGACUUCCAUUCUUUGGUAAAAGAAACCAUUUUGGAAUGCAAGGAAGGCUCAGCUUCAAUGUUUUAUAUUGUCCUUGCCUACUUGGGUUUCCUGGCCCUCAUCAGUUUCACAGUGGCCUUUUUGGCUAGGAAAUUGCCAGACAGCUUCAAUGAAGCCAAGUUUAUUACUUUCAGCAUGUUGGACUUUUGCAGUGUUUGGAUCACCUUCCUUCCCACCUACCUGAGCACCAAAGGGAAGUCCAUGGUGGCCGUAGAGAUCUUCUCUAUCUUAGCCUCUGGGGCUGGUCUCUUGGGUUGUAUCUUUUCCCCCAAAUGCUACAUUAUCCUACUGAGGCCCAAUCUGAAUUGUAGAGAGAAUAUAAUGAGGCAGAAGAACCUCUGA